AUGUAUUUUCAAGCGCGUUAAUUGCAAGUUCCGUUUUCCGACUGCACUUGAAGCCAACACAAACUCCUGAUCCGCCUCGCUGCCUCCGGGGACUUCUCCUCCUGAGUUUCCACUGAAGUGACAGGGACGUGGGCUGCGCGGGAUGGGAUGAGUUGAAAAGCAGCGGUCGAGGAUGUGAAGAAAGUGGGAGUUCCGAUACAGAGAAACUUUUUUUUUUUUCUGUUUUCCUUAUUCAAACGAUAAGGAAACAUGGCGAAUUCGAGCUCUGAACAUGUGCCCCUGCUGAACACCUCCGCUAAGGCGCACCGCGCUGAGAUCCUGGAAAAUCCGCUCCGGACCUAUCUCCUGGGAAUCAUCAUCUCCAUAUGUGGGAAUGUCCUCAUCAGCAUUUCACUCAACAUACAGAAAUAUGCCCACGUCCGUCAGGCCCAGCGUGGCUCCAAGCCCUACUACACCUCUGUGAUGUGGUGGUGCGGUGUGACUCUCAUGGGUGUUGGGGAGCUGGGGAACUUUGCUGCAUACGGCUUUGCCCCAGCGUCACUCAUAGCCCCGCUGGGCUGUGUGUCUGUCAUAGCCAGCGCUAUCAUAUCUGUGGUUUUCCUCAAGGAGACAGUGCGCCCCUCUGACAUUGUUGGUGGCACCCUGGCAAUAACAGGAACGUAUCUCCUGGUGACCUUUGCCCCCCACACCUCCACACACAUCACAGCCCAUCUGGUGCAGUACUAUGCCGUCAGUUGGCACUUCCUGCUUUACCUAUUCAUAGAGGUCCUCGCCUUUUGCAUCCUGCUCUAUCUGUACAAGAGGAGGAAUGUGAAGCACAUCGUCAUUGUGAUGCUGCUGGUGGCCCUGCUUGCCUCACUCACAGUCAUCUCAGUCAAAGCGGUGUCAGGAAUGAUCACAGAGUCAAUAAAAGGCCAGCUGCAGCUCAUCUACCCCAUCUUUUACGUCAUGCUUGUCAUCAUGGUCGCCUCCUGUGCCUUCCAGAUCAAAUUUCUCAAUCAGGCAAUGAAAAUGUUUGAUGCCACAGAGGUGGUUCCUAUCAACUUUGUGUUUUUCACUGCCAGUGCUAUUGUUGCAGGGAUAGUGUUUUACCAGGAAUUUGAAGGCUUGGCUUUACUGAACAUUUUUAUGUUCCUUUUUGGCUGUCUUCUGUCUUUCCUUGGAGUGUUCCUGAUUGCCCGAAACAGACCAAAAAUAAAACAGCAAGAUCGCAAUUUUAUCGCAAUGGAUAGAAUUCCUGAGUUUUAUCUAAGUUGUCGUGCACGUAAAAGUUCUCGAGCGUUCAAAAGGCUGCACCUACAGAAGCUUCUCUCUCCUACAGAAAACAGUGCCUGAAGCGCCUCGUCUGUAGUUCCGCCUUUAAUUCUGUGACAUCACACAGUGUCACACAUUCACAUUAUUUAUUUCUAAUGGUUAGUUUGGCACGUUAGAAUGGAUGUAGCUGUUGUGUUGUAAUAGCUCAGGCAUGUGAGAGAUGACCAAUCAGAGCAGACUUGGUAUUCAGAAGGAAAGAUAGUUUGAUAUCCCAGAGCUCUAAUAAGUUGUGUUAAAACCAACAGACUUUUACCCUCCUCUCUGAACCCUUGUGGAACACGUUAUUGCAAAUUUGCAAUCCUGUUGUCUUCCUCUACUACACUAAAAUUCAUCCACGUCAUGUUUGCCUCUCUAGUCGACACUGCUAGCUCUUUUUCUUCUCUGUGUUUGUUCGCGGACGGUUGCAUUGUUUCAUUAUUGCCAAUAAAUAACCAACAUUAUAAAAAAAAUCCUAUUGUAUCAGCCUGAUGUACAUCGUGCAUCCCUUCUACUUCAUUGAGCAUGGUGUAGUGAUUAGCCAGCAUCAACAGUAUGAAUCUGCUGGCAAUGACCCUUGAUUUAUCAGACUGCUAACAGACCCUUUUCACAGCAGACAUUUUGAUUUGUCGAAGCAGGAAAAGCACAGGUGGGACCAAUAACGUUAACAGAGGCUCCUUUCCAUCAAUUGUCCCAGUACGCCAUAUAUAUACAUGAGUGAUCAUGCACAAUCCCAGAGCCCUGGAAGGAGGCUCAGCUAAAUGGAAUGCAGCCAUCAUUAAUGUUAGAAAUUCCACCUGCGCCUUUCCCGCCUUGACCAGUCAAAAUGUCCGCUGUGAAAAGCGUCUACGUCUGCAGUCCUGACAGCAGGGUCUAUCUAAUGAGCUCU